UUUGGCUCAAGGGGCGGGCGUCGCCUAUGAGCCAACGCCGCUCGCCGCCCGCCCCUGCGCGCGGGGCCGCGGCAGACGCCGUUGGCUCUGAGGUUGCGGCCUGAGGGUGGGCCACCUCCAGGCGCCUGUGGGAUUCGAUGUGCGCCGCUCGUGUGCUGCCUUUGCUGGCUCUGCUGUCGGCGCGCGUGCUCCGCGCCUCCGAGCACGCGGGCCUGUGCCAGAGGGCCUCCCAGGCGCUCAACGCCUACUCACCUCCUGGUUACGACAUGCCCAGCUACUACCACACCAUCAGUGACUUCACGGCUGGACAAUCCAGUAUCCUCGACGGUGGUUUGGACAUGUACGACGAUGGCAACAAGUUUUUCCCAGAAUUAUAUUAUACAGACGGGUGCAGUAGUGGCUACAAUGCCAGAGGAGAAGUAUUUUAUAUGGACAUUGUCCAGAGUGGUAUAUCCGUCACGUACUUCCCAUACGCCUUCGGCACAUAUUACGUAUUCGGGGAUCUCGGAGCAGACGGUGCGGGUGACUUAUGGGCUUUUGAAACAGUUGGAUACGUUGAUGAUAGCGGUGCGGUGUGGCACGGAUAUGUGAAGCAAGUGUUCAACGCCGUUGAUCCAGCUGUCAUUCAUAUGUGGAUCACUGACGGAUCGGUCAGCAGCCACAGUUACCACCAUCUCACGGAUCAUGAUGACCACACGGUCGACGGGAUAAAUGGCCGCUUGUUUUUCCUUGUUUGGGGACGUGCAGUCCCAUCUAAUACCCCCGUCAGUUUUUUUGAAGGGUUGAUGAGCGCACUCGUGGCUACCAUAAGCGUCACGACUACAAUGACUACAAGCACGCCUUUCACCACUACAGCCACUUCGAGCGUGACAACGGUGAGCGCAACCAGCGCGACCUCUGUAACAGGCACCUCGACCAGCGCGACCUCUGUAACAGGCACCUCGACCAGCACGACCUCUGUGACAGGCACCUCGACCAGCGCGACCUCUGUAACAGGCACCUCGACCAGCGCGACCUCUGUAACAGGCACCUCGACCAGCGCGACCUCCGUGACAGGCACCUCGACCAGCGCGACCUCUGUGACAGGCACCUCGACCAGCGCGACCUCUGUGACAGGCACCUCGGCCAGCCCAACCUCUACCAGCAGCAUUACCAGCAGCACCGACUCGUCCACAUACACCAGCACCCUCAGCAGCAGUACCUCCCGCACCAGCCACACCGACUCCUCCACCACCCGCACAACUGCUACCGACUCGUCCACCAGCCUCACCAGCAGUACCACUUUCACCAGCAGCCUCACCCUCACAUCUACAUCGACGUCUCUCACGGGCACGACCAUGACACAAACCUCGAUGAGCCGCGAGGUAACCCUUGAAGACAUCUCUAGUCUGGAGGCCUCCCUUGUCGACGCCCUGCUCGCGGGGACGGAGAGCGUCGUGGUGUUUCAGACGGGGGGGGUCACCAGCAUCGCAGAGCGGCUGCAGGUCCCGUCGGAUUCGUCGGUCGCAAAUGUCACGGUCGAUGUGCCAGGCACCGGCGUCAGCGUCAGUUUCCCGGUGUCGAUGUUCGCCGCCUUAGGCUUGACGGGAGCAGUCGCAGUGGCAUCCGCUCUCAACGCCGGUGCCAACAGCUUAGCGCCUGGCUCGCCGUACAACCCUGUAUCCGCGGUCAGCAUCAUCAUCACGAGCAGCAACGGAACUGCUGUCUCCGUCGCAAACCUCCCCGAUCCGAUCAUAUUAUCUUUGCCCGCGAACAGCAGCGAUCCGCUCUGCGCGUGGCUGGACGAGUCUGCCGCCGAGUGGAGUUUCGACGGCGUGUAUCUGGGUGAUGACGGGCCGGAUGGCAGCGUGACGUGUGUCACAGAACACCUUACACUGUUCGCGAUCCUGGACUCCUUCCUGGCGACGCUGGAGUGCAGCCAGGUCUCCCUGCUUGCACCCGAUAGCUACGUCGAGCUCAUGCAAACCGACUGGUACGAGAACGUGUACGCCCAGCUUCUGGUCCAGCUGCUGGUGGCCUUGGUCUGCCUGCUAGCAGCUGCCUGCGCCCUGGACCUCGUCAAGGCCCGGAAUGGCUCCUGGAAGAACGAGGAUUUCCUGAUCGCCAACGCCGCCGCCCCGGCCGCGGGCGCAGCGGCAGCCGGACUGGUGGUCGCCGGCGGCGGGGGCUUCUGCGGGGGCUGGCUGGAAGGCGCCACGGGGGGCGCCAAGGACGCGAUCGACGACCUGCUCGGGUCCAUUUGGAGCUACCUCGGGGACCUCCGGGGCGUGCUGGAGGAGGUCAUGGUGUGCAGCUGGGAGGGCGGAUUCCUCCACGUUGCGGCCUUCGCCCUCGUCUCGCGGAGCGCCACGAGGAGCGCCUCGGCCACGACCUUCAUACUGCCCGACGACGUGGACUUCCUGCUCGGCGAGGACGUGGGCGAGAUGAUGUCGCCACAGCAGGACAGUUCGGAGAGCCACGGAGCCAAGGACAGGGUGGAGGGGGGCGGGAGCAGCGGGCAAGGCGUGGACGGCUCGUGCCCUUCGGAGGGCAGCGAGGGUGCUGUCGCUGCCCUGGCGAGGCGCGGUGGCGGGCGGCGCCGCAGCGCAGGCUUCGACGUGGACGAGUGUGUGGCCGGCUCGAGCCGCUCAGAGGGCGGGCUCGGCCGCCGAGGUGCCCACGGGCUCUUCUCGCAGAGCGCCGUGCAGCGGCACAGGCGGCUGGUGGAGCUGAGGGAGGCCCUCCAGCGCAGCCAGGAGCUGCACGUCGCCCGCCACCGCGACUGGUGCUACGUCGCCAGGAGCACGGUGCUGUCGUGGCUGUGCCAUGGCCCCAUCGGGUCCGUGUUCGUCCGCAGCAUUACGAUAUCUCAUUCUAUGCGUGCUCUUUUUCUGUGUACUGACCUGUUGGGGACCUUGAUGCUCGCCACCGUGUUCUGCUCUGCGACUGGCGGAGCCCUCAGCAAGAAGUCAACGAAACAAUGCGACGUGGAUUGCGACGACGACGAAGGUUUGAGUAACUGCGUGAUGAUACAUUUGGGGCGAUUGUUGGCCAUAGCUUUGGUAAGCUCCUUGGUCGCGGGUGUACCGCUCGCUUGGAUUAAUUCUUUGCACUCGAGGAAAUUUGUUCGAGUGGCCUACGAGGGCAGCCCCGAUUGGCAAAGCCAGCUCCGCAGGUGGAGGCGUGCAGAUUGUGCGAUCUGGGUGAUUGGUAUCGCCUAUUGCCUCUUUGCAAUCAAUUUCAUUUGUUUGUUUUUCGCGAAUGUGGCCGAGGGGGAUCAGGCCGACUGGAUGAUUAGCGCUGGCAUCAGCCUGGCCCAGGAUUUUGUCAUCGUUCCCGCGGUCGUUGGUUUUGUCGUCACAUUGCUCGCGAUGGUAUUCCUUGCGUGCGUGGCAUGUGCUUACGGGGUGAAGAAGGAGCACCUCACGAAGACGGGCCGCAUCGCAGUCGUCCAGGAGGUGUUCAAUAGCAACAGCGACAAGCAAGUAAUCAAGCGGGCGCUCGCAGAGCUCCCAGAACACACGACCAUGCAACGGCGAGGGCAGCGGAACAAUCCAGGCUGGCAGGGCAGACGGUUCGUCGGGGACGGCCAUGGUGGCGAAGAGGAGUGGGAUGAUUUUGAGGUGUUCAUGAGUCACGAUGUUGCCUGCGUCGAUCUGAGCAGCGUGCCGCAGCCGUCGGUCGAAGUGGCGGUUCGGAGGAAAGCACGGGUGAGCUGACGGAGGGCCGCGUUUCAUGUACCAGUGAGUCAUUGUCCACCGCCAAAUGGGCUAUCAGCUAUUGCAAGGUUUUCGUUGGCUCGGGGCUUGUUUCUUCCCCGUAUAGCUGUACGCUUUACAUGUCUUGUCAAGAUACCCUCAUCAUUCAUCUGGUCCAAUGAGGCCCCUCUGUGUCUGACGAUCGUAUCAGGGAGGACGCAUACACGUCUAGCUGCACAGCUUCCCAUGUGCGCUCUGGUUGCUGUCGGUCGGCAGGGCGUACGCCCGUCUAACUGCAUUUGCGCAUCAGCCUUCUUCAGAAUUCUCGAAGGGCGCAUGCUUGACGUCCAGUCGGUGCGUCGACAGCGGGACGAGGGGGGG